UUAACCUGUUCUUCGCCGACGCUGUGCUCCCAGCCCCGGGCUCUCUUGGUUGAGAAAUUGACCGCCGGGAAGGGCGGCCGAGAGGAGCUCCGAAGGGGAGGGGGCUAGACACGCGUCGGCUGAUAAGGAGGAAGGCGCUGUGGGGGGAGGGCGGCCCUCGUGCGGUGGAGCCCCGCUGGGCUGCGAUUAGCGAGUGGAGAGGAGCUCUGCCUAUGUUCAGAAGCACACCGGGGGCGGCGCUUCAGCCUCCCAAAGCAGGUUCUUCUGGGGUGCGAGUCCUGCGCUCGUUACCGAGAAGUCUGCCCCGCAGAGGGGCCCCGCCUCUGGGCAGGAUCACCGGCUGCCGUCCCCGCCCCGACUGGCGUUUCUGUUUGUGCCUGCCCGAAGGAAGCCGCCGCCGCCACGACAGCUGUGCCUGCUUUGGCCACCGCUUCUCCCCCAGGCCGAGGUCCUUUGGAGGCUCUUCCAGCCUCAACACCUUGAAGCAAAUGAAACCACGUGUAAUGUACCAGCAGCUGAAGAUUCUGCACAGCCCCGAAGAGGCACCACUGGCUGAGCCCCCCAGCUUGGCUCCGCAGAAGGACUUCCGCUGCACCCUAGUGGUUGCUAUCUUGUCAGCGAUGCUGGUGACUGCCCUCCUGUUCCACACACUCAUCCUCCCCUUCCGCGGCUCAGCCUCUGCAGGGAAGAUGGCUCCUGUCCCAUACCUGAGCAACACAUGCAACGACCCCUGCAGGAGCGUGUUGGUGGAGAGCAUCCCUGAGGGGCUGACGUAUGAUGACAACAGCACCGCCAACCCUUCCAUUUUUGAGGCCUGGAUGACGCUUCUGGGGGAUGCAGAGAGCACUGUGGACAUUGCAUCUUUCUAUUGGAGCCUGAGAAAUGAAGACACCCACACCCAGGAUCCCUCAGCCAGCCAGGGGGAAGAAAUCCUGGCAGAGUUGGCGAAGGUGCCCAGCAGAGGCAUUGCCUUGCGGAUUGCCGUCAAUCCCCCUACCUCUCGAAUGCCCUGCCAUGACCUCCAGGCGCUGGAGGAGAGCGGUGCACAGAUUCGCAAAGUUAACCUGCCCAGGCUAACUGGUGGAGUUCUGCACACUAAAUUCUGGAUUGUGGACCAGAAGCACAUUUACCUUGGGAGUGCAAACAUGGACUGGCGCGCCCUCACCCAGGUGAAGGAGCUAGGUGUGGCUGUGUACAACUGCAGCUGCCUGGCGCAGGAUUUGGGGAAAAUGUUUGAGGCAUACUGGGCUCUGGGGCUGCCCGAUGCCACCAUCCCAUCUCCCUGGCCAGCCAAUUACUCCACCACGUAUAACAAGGAGACACCUCUGGAGCUGAAGCUGAACGACACAGAUGCCGGUGUGUACCUUUCGAGCGCUCCCCCUGCGCUGUGUGCCACUGGGCGGACGGAGGACCUCCAGUCCCUGGUGAGCAUCAUUGAUGAAGCUGAGGAGUUUGUCUACAUUGCAGUGAUGAGCUAUUUGCCCACCAUGGAGUUCUCUCACCCCAAGAGGUUCUGGCCGGUGAUUGAUGACCACCUGCGGAAGGCGGCCUAUGAGAGGAGAGUCCUCAUCCGCCUCCUCGUCAGCUGCUGGAGACACUCUAAGCCAAUCAUGUUCCCGUUCCUGCGGUCCUUGGCUGCCCUGCAGGACAACCACACCCACUACAGCGUGGAAGUGAGGCUCUUUGUGGUUCCAGCAAAUGAGACACAGGCCAAGAUCCCCUAUGCCAGAGUCAACCACAGCAAAUUCAUGGUGACAGACAAGGUGGCUUAUAUUGGAACGUCCAACUGGUCUGGAGACUACUUUCUUCACACUGCAGGGUCUGCGCUGGUGGUGAAUCACAGCCACGUGGAGGCUGGGAACCAGCCGACUGUCCGGGAGCAGCUUCAGGCUGUGUUUGAGCGGGACUGGGACUCAAGAUACAGCCAGGGAUUGAGCCUACUGGGCCAGUGGGAGGAGCUCUGUGACACCUAUUAGCCAAAGGCAACCCCUUCCUCCCUGUUCUGAUUUGAUCCUGAUAGUUGUCGGUCUGACUCAUGCAGUCAGCCGCUUGCCCUGGGGCACCUUGCAGGGUCCCUGCUCUUACAUGGAAUGAACUAGGUGGUGCCAAAGUCCUCCUGGGGCAACGUUUUGGGAUAAGAGAAGAGAGCCUUCCCCUGCAAAACUUUCUGGAUUCUGUUCCUGUCCAAAAUCAAGAAACACUUCAGCCUGACUAGGGAUGGUGGGGUGGAGAUGGGUGGGAGUGAGGGGAAGAGCCAGCUUUGCCACUGGUUGGCAAAUAUGCAACAAUCCUUGCAAAGGAGCUUUGAUGCAUUCAAAGUCCAAAAGAUCUUGUGUACAUAUUGGGGGGGAAAGCAUGACUGGAAGCAAAAAAUUGGUGCGAGGGUAGAAGUAGUGUGGGUGUAGCUGUUAGGAAAGGGUAUGUAGGUCAAAAAAUUAGGAAAAGUGUCCUGGCUAGAAGGAUCCUGAAGAGGGACUCUCGUCCCCUCCCCUUACUUGAGUCUUCAAUGUUUUAAACAAAAGUGCAGAUAACUGCAUGAGAGAUGGCUGAAUUAGGCCUGAUGCAGGUAGCCCUUAACUCAGAGCAUCGUGUUUGCACACAGAAGGUCGCGGGUCCUAUCCUGGCAUCUCAGGGCAGGGCUUGCAUACAAUUAAGUUUUAGAGUAGACUCAUUGAAAACAAUGGCCCCAACUGAGUAGCACCAGCAUUGGAUGCAACCCCUCCUGUUUGAAACCCUGGAGAGCUGCUGCCUGUCAGUGUAGGCGAUACUGACUUAGAUGAGCCAAUUAGUCUGACUCACAAUAAGGCUGCUUCCUCUGUUGUCUUGCACAAAAUGUUUCCCCUGGAAACGUCUCUGCCAGGGACACCUUUGAGGGGGGGGGCAUUCGCACCUCUGGCAAUGGGCCAGCUGCUGUUGCUGCCGGAAUCACCACUGCAUGUUCUUGUUUUGGGGUGGAGUCUGCCCUUGACCAGGGACUAGCUGUGUGCCAUUCAGUUACCACUUGGAAGAGUGGUGGCAGUUUAAUCCAGCCCAGCGGAAAGAACAUCAAAGGAAGUGUGGAGUAAUGCCUCCUGCCUCCUUGAAGAGAAGGAGCUGGGUCCAGUGCCCUUCUGACAAAGACGUGCUGCCUUCCUUUACACCCAGGGCAGGGGACUAUAGGAUGAUGGCUGCCGCUUCUCAGUAUGGCAGGGAGAGGGGGCCAUCAGCUGACUCUCCUUCCACCUUUCCUGCUGCCUCCCAAAGCGGUGAACUGUGCAGAAGGCUUGCUUCCACUGUGGACAAUGGGGAGAUCGGACCCCUGCUGUGCUGGAAAUCUAGGUGCAAGUAAUCCCAUGUCAAAAAUGAAGCUUCAAGAGAGGUGAGCUGUUGUAAGCCCUCUCAAGCCUCAAAUGCCAGCAUAUACCGUAAGACCAUGUAUGCCUUUGCCCACCCUCUCUGGCUUCCAGUGUCCAAAUACAGGCUUGGGGAGUGAUGCGGCAAUUCACAGAGAGCCUUCAAGCAUCAGCCUAGUCUGCACGUUCUCAAAAAACACUAGUUUCCUCCCAAGAGGAACAUUCAUUCUUGCUGACAAGAGAUGGGGAACCAAAACUAAGCUGCAGUGUCUGCCCACCAGUCAUGUUUACCUGUGCCCUUUAGGUGCGAUUGCAAGGCCAUUUUUCUGCCCCUGUUCAGCUCACUUAUGGCAGAGUCGGACACAAGUGUGUGUCUGGGGGGUGGGAUUUGACAUGACUCAGGGUUAUCUAAUCUGUUCCUCAGAGGAGCCUUCUGGGGGUAGCAGCUGCCAUUUAUAUGUAGGGCGCUGCCCUUGUUGUGGAUUUUUACUGCUUUCAGUACAGACCUUUGGCAAAAUAAAGCAUUGUUUUCCAUUCA